ACUUGUAUGGUCUUCUAAAUACGAGCCGCUUUUUCAGCCAAUGUGCUUAUAUGUAGGUAUGUACUUCUUUAUUCAUAUUUGAUAUCAGUUUGAGUUUGGAGAUUAGUCCUCAUCAACCAAGAGUGCAGUGGCAGUGAAAAACCAGUAAAAUUAUCAAUCCGUUACUUUAUUGUGUAGGUUUCAUACGUUCAAACCAUUUCUCACUUUUCUUGAAUUUGAAGCACAGCAUAAUUUGCAGUUGAUGUUGAGUGAUACGAUAGGGACGAUCAGGGUUGAGUAAUAAAGCAGAAAUUUGUGCCAUUUAUACCAAAUUCUAUCAUUUUAUGAAUUAACUUGUGAGUGUUAAAACAUCUCGACAUGUAUGUGAUCGUCGUGUGACAAGUGACUCAUUCUUUUUAGUCUGUUUGCAUGUAGUUAAGACGGUUUUAUAACAUAGUCUACGAUCCGUUUGGAUUUUGCACGUAUGUGUAGUCUCAACCCACUGUAAAGUUUAUCAAGACAGGUACCUGUCGAAAUUUACAUUCGAUAAGGAAAAGUUAUCUUAUCUAAGAGUAAUGCAAAAAAUCGGUGAGGAUGAAAAGUGUCCCACGUGUGACAGGAAUUACUCAAGUGCAACUCAAGUGGAUACGGAUUUGAAGGAAAAUCAUGAUUCAUUUCAGUCAAGUCAAAGAACAAUGGUGUUGGACGACGUUCGGAGCAACACCAAGAAAUUAAAAUCUGACUUUCUUGGUCAAAUGGAGCAUCGCCUGAGUGCCAUGAUUGACGAUGUAAUGGACAAUCUCCAUAAAACAGAAUACCCUGAACGGGUGCUCAUGAUGUCUGAUCCCUCCAUGAUGAGAGACAAAAGGAAAGCAACUGUUCCUGGGAAGUUACCAGAAAAGGAAUUUCGAUCCCGUCCGUCCUUACUAACGGAAAUGCUCGAAGUUCCACAUAUAAGGACAAUUCAUCACAUCUUCAUUGCCGUUCUGUGCCUCGUGAUGCUCCACACAAUUUUAACAGACAUUAUAGAAACUAACACCAUCGAUUUAGGGAUCCAGAGAUUGAUGGACGCGUUCUAUAAGCCACUAACCACGUUACGUAUUUUAAUAAGUAUCGAAUUCUUCGCCUUGUUCCUGCUCUUCCCCUCCUUCUACUUGUGGUCCACCCACAGGCUCAACUAUAACCAAGAGACACGGAGAAUGAUUGAUUAUGGAGCUGUUGGUUUAUUCGCUACCUUUUUGGUCUCCUUUAUGUACUUCCCUGCCCGAGCAUUGCUUCAAGAUCGACUUAUUGGUCCUGCUUCAAGCUGCCUGGUGGCAAUGGAACAAUGCCGCCUGUUAAUGAAAAUGUGGGCUUUUGUUCGACACAACGUGCCCAAAGCAUUAAUGUUCGACCAUAAAAAAGAAGUCACGAUUCGCGGAAUUGCGGAGGAAGGGAAAGUGGGCGAGGAGAAAGAUGAUAGCAGUCCGUCGUCCGGCCUGCUAAGGAAACGCGUAAAGACGGACGAGACGAGCAGAACCCGUAGUGGUCUGGAUGCUGAAGGGACAACUUCACCACUAAAUGAAAACCUCCAUCUCAGUGGACCUGCCCUUAAUGGACCAUCAAGAAAAGUGAUGGGGAAACAAGCGUUGGAUUCUUGGAUUUCCUGGGAUGACAAAAAGAGUCCUUGUCCCUCUUUCAGCAGGUAUCUCUAUUUUUACCUUGCGCCCACGCUAAUAUACAAGGAUCAAUAUCCAAGAAGCAGUACAAUCCGUUGGAAUGUAGUUUGUUGGAAUUUCGCUCAAGUGUUUGGUUGCAUUUUUUAUGCGAAUAUGGUGGUCGGAAAAGCAUGUGCCCUUUAUUUUAGUAAAUUCGGAUUGCCUGGGCAUCCCAUGACACCGUCCAUGUUAUGCAACGCAAUAUUCUCAUUAAUGUUGCCCGGAAUCCUGGGCUUAGUUUUUGGAUUUUAUUUACUCCUCCACUCAUGGCAUAAUGCUUUCGCUGAAAUGCUAAGGUUUGGCGACAGACUUUUUUAUAAGGACUGGUGGAACCGUUCAUCGUUUUCUGAUUAUUAUAAAACAUGGAACCUGAUCGUUCAUGAUUGGCUCUACACAUAUGUUUUCAAGGAUGCAUGGGAAAGUGGUCUCGGACGUAGAUACAAAGUAUUGCCAACAACUCUGGUGUUUCUCGUGUCUUCGGUUUUUCAUGAAUAUAUUUUAGCGUUUUCGUUAAACUUUUUCCUCCCUGUUUUAUUCAUCCUUUUCGGUGGUUUUGGAUUUGCGUUAUAUUUCAAGAAUAUUGAGGGAUCUGCAGGCAACGUAUUCAUGUGGGUAGGACUAACGGCUGGGACAGGAAUUAUAGUCUCCACCUACAGCAUGGAAUACUUUGCACGAAUUAAUUGUCCAACGGAAAAUGAGGGUUCAGUUCUAGAUUUCUUUAUCCCGAGAACACUCUCGUGUGGAGCAUUUCAGUGGUCGCAAGCCACAUGACCUCUGCUGAUUGAUUGAUAUCUAACUUCAAAGGAUCGGCGGAUCACACACUCUUUCUCUUGGCAUAUGUACAAUCACUUGCUAAGCGAAUUUCCCUUUAAUAGAGCUCAAAUUAUACUAAAGUUCCUGUUAAUUCUCGAAAGCCAGAGUGAUAACGAAGCUCAAUUUUAUUAAUAAGUCAACAAAAUUGUCAUUGUUGGCGUUCCAGCUUUGAUGUAUUUUGAUUAUUCUAAUUGCAAUGUCAAAUUGAGUUAUGCAAUACUUUCAGCUUACCUAGUAUUUUCUCCGUCCUAUGAUAUUCAUGUACGUUCGUUUUUGUAUUUAUUUACAGGUACAUAUGUAUGCAAUGUUGUGUGAAAAAAACAAAGAAUUUUAUACACUGUCAAAUUUUAGAAUAAAAACAAAUCCGAAAAAAGUGAG